AUGGCGGGCUUGAAAGGACCAGAUCCUAAAGACGGAAGUCGGCUCCCGCUCUCGCUCUCGCUGGGCAGCCAGGUCUCUUCCCUCCUGUUGGGCCCCUACCCCCUGCCCCACAUAAGCCUGUCCCUCCGUCUCAAGAACGGGCCCUCCAGACAUCUUAUUCUCCGGGGCAGGGGCCUGGCAGACGCGGCUCCUUACCUGGUCCUGAGCGCUCAGAGGGACUCAUGUUCUGCACGGGUGUUCGGCUGGCUGAGUGGUGGGAGCUGGCUGAGGCCCUGGGACUGCGGGGCCACGAGGGCAGCUCUCUGGGCUUUGGGGCUCAGCAUCCUUCUCUUCACUGUCAGGGCAGUCCCCACUGGUGGACCCAGCGACCUGAAGCUGGCCUAUAGGCACGGUCUGUGUGACGGGGUGGUGGUCCGGCAUGAAGGGGAGUGGGGACAAGUGUGCAACCAGGAGUGGACGCCGGUCUGCAGGCAGCUGGGCUGAGGCCGUGCCGUGGGUGCCCCCAAAUACGUCCCGCUGCCUGGAGAGGUGGUGCGGCCCUGGCUCCACAACGUGUCCUGCAGGGGCGAUGAGUCCUCUCUCUGGGGGUGCAGCCUGGGGGCGUGGGCGUGGAGCCAGUGCCCCUACGAGUGGGUGGUGGUCGCUCUGUGUUCCAACGGCACUUUCCAGGAGGUCCGGCUGGUGAAGGGCUGAAGCCCCUGUGCGGGGCUCCCUGAAAUCAGGAAUGUGAGCGCGGUGGACCGCCUCUGUGGCCUGCACCAGGAGGAGGCCACGGUGUUCUGCCGGGAGCUGGGGUGCGGCCCGGCGCUGCAGGCCCCCCGCCGAGAUGGGGGCGUUGCCAGGGAGUACAUGGCCUGCGGGGGCACUGAGCAGACCAUCCGGAACUGCAGACUGAACAAGUUCCGCAGUGGCUGCGACUUCCGGCGAGAUGCCCAGGUGAUCUGCUCAGGACACACGGAGGCCCGGCUUGCGGCGGGCGGCGACCACCCCUGCGCUGGGCGCCUGGAGGUGAGGCACGGCCUGACCUGGGGCAGUGUCUGUGACGCCGACCUGGACCUGUUUACGGCCCAUGUGGUGUGCCGGGAGCUGCAGUGUGGCGUGGCGGUGUCCACACCCGGGGGCGCCCACUUCGGCUGGGGCUCGGGGCUCAUGUGUAUGGAGGCCUUCUGCUGUGUGGGCAACGAGUCUCUGCUGUUCCACUGCCCUCGGGGGCCCGGGCACCAGUGUAGGCAUGGCCAGGACGCUGGGCUCAGGUGCUCAGAGCUCCAGCUGGUCAAUGGCAGCAGCGCCUGCGAGGGGCGUGUGGAGCUCCAGGUUCAGGGGGCCUGGGCACCCCCCUGUGCCGCCCACUGGGACUUAGCAGAUGCCACGGUCCUCUGCUGCCAGCUCAACUGUGGCAACGCGGUGUCCACACACCCAGGAGGCCAUUUUGGGGACGGGGACUCAACCAUCUGGCCCGACGUGUUUCACUGUGUGGGGACAGAGCCCUAUUUGUGGAAUUGCCCAAUGAGCACCCUGGGCGCCCCGGCCUGUGUCCCUGGCAACGCAGCCACCACGGUCUGCUCAGGUCUCCCUGACACCCUGCGGCUGAGGGACGGACAGAGCCGCUGUGAUGGCCGCGUGGAGGUGUCCCUGGAUGGGGUGUGGGGCUGCGUCCUGGACGACGCGUGGGAUCUGCGCGGCGCGGCUGUCGUGUGCCGGCAGCUGGAGUGCGGAGGGCCUGAGCGAGCCUACGAGGCGCCGGCGCCCCGGCGCGGGGCUGUCCGGCUGGGGCUGAGCCGCGCGCGCUGUCUGGGCACCGAGACCCGCCUGACGCAGUGCAACGUGUCCGCGUCCCCGCUGGUGUCCGCGGGGGCAUCGUGGGACGCGGGAGUCGUGUGCUCCGGUGAGUGCGGGCCCGGUCCCCCAUCCCCCUCUCGUGGGGCGCGGCCGCCCUGACUUGGUCUCUCCCUCCGCAGGGAGCCGCCGGGUUCGGCUGGCCACGGGGCUGGGCCACUGUGCCGGGCUCGUGGAGUGCUUCAGCGGGGCGCGUGGGGCACCGUGUGUGAUGACGGCUGGAACCUGCGGGAUGCCCACGUGGUCUGCCGGCAGCUGGGCUGCGGCCACGCGCUCAGCGCCCCAGGGGCCGUGCACUUCGGGGCCGCCGGGCGCAUCUGGAUGGACGAGCUGGGCUGUGAGGGCCAAGAGUCUGCGCUGUGGCGGUGCCCGUCGGGGGGUUGGGGCAGGAACGGCUGCGGGCACAAGGAGGACGCCGGCGUCUUCUGCUCAGGGUCAGUGGCCCUGAGGCUGCGAGGUGGCUGUGCUGGGUGGCUGGACGUGUUUUACAAUGGGACGUGGGGCACCGUGUGCAGUAAUGCCCUGAAGGACACCUCCUUGUCCAUCAUCUGCAAGCAGCUGGUGUGGGGAGCAGGGCUGGCUGGAGAACAGGCCCAUCCACACUAACCUGGGCACCUCUUGGGUGGAUAACAUCCAGUGCCGCAGGCUGCAAAACUCUACGCUGUGGCAGUGCCCCUCGGCCCCGUGGCACCCACGCUCCUGCACCCGUGGGGAGGAGGAUUGUCAGAGAUAUCGACGCAGGAUUCUGGGGAGGCCCUCAAUUCCUCCUCGACUGACAGCUGCCCAGAGGAGGGGGCACUGCACGUGCGCGGGGGUGAGGACCACUGCUCAGGCCGUGUGGAGCUCUGGCACGCCGGCUCCUGGGGCACCGUGUGCAACGACUCCUGGGACCUGGCAGACGCCGAGGUCGUGUGCCACCAGCUGGGCUGCGGCUGGGUUGUGGGUGCCCUGACAGGGGCCGCCUUCUGGCCGGGCUCUGGGCCUGUGUGGCUGGACGAGGUGGGGUGCCGGGGCAGCGAGGCGUCCCUGUGGGGCUGCCCUAUGGAGCCAUGGGGACGCGGAGACUGUGGGCAGGGCUCCUUGCAGCUCAGUCUGGGAAGGAAGACCCUGGCGGCCUCUGCCCUGGGAUGUGCUGACCGCGAACCGACCAUGGGGGGACAUCAGCGAGACCGGGACGGGGGAGAGGCCAGUUUCUCCUGGUGUGUGCGUGUGUAUGUGUGGGCGGUCCCUGAUGAACCACCUCCUGGCCACCUGUCCUUUCAUCUGCAGACAGUGCUCGGCCUGGCUCAGGGUCCAUCCAGCGCUGCCAUUGAUUACCACCUACCCCUCCAUGUUUACCCUCAGGGAGAGAUGCUGCUUGUGGUCUCAAGGACCAUGAGGCUGGAGAAGUUGAAUGUGAAGGUCUCUCUUGGACAGGAAGCGCUGAUGAGGGAGAUGACCAGGGGCCUGCCCACUGGCUCCCAAGAGUUGGCCAGCUUGGCUUGCUGCUGCCCGCUGGACCUCCUCGGGGGCCUGGAAUGGGGGAAAGUAGCACUGGCAGGUGUCGUCUAUGAGGCAGGGCUCUUCAUCCUGGCUGCACAUGGCUUCUCCCUCGUGCCCAUGCCCCCUACCCCAGAGAGUCCAGUGCGAUCGUUUUAG